AUGUCUGCUGUUUCUGUGGCUUAUGGGAACUUUUUUCUUGGGGAACUUAACCUGGAACGUGUUGCGUGGGGAAUGUCUUUUGCAGAGGUUUCUGCCAUUGAUCCACAGCAGCUGAUUCUUUUAGAAAUUUGCUAUGUCGUAUUUUCAGACAUGGAAUCAACAGAUUGUAGGGCUCAUCUUUUUGAAUCUCAUGUUGGGGUUUACCUUGGUAUUUCAGGAUCCCUUGCACCUAAAUCUCAAAACAGGGUGAGCGUGUACGCCGGGACAUCCAACGCGAUGGCCGUCGCUUCUGGCCGCAUCUCAUACACACUCGGUCUUACCGGCCCAUGUUUUCCUAUUGAUACUGCAUGUUCAGCAUCCCUCAUCGCACUCCAUGUUGCCACCAGUGCAAUGCAGUUUGCCGAAUGCAAACGCGCCUGCGCCUGCGGAGAGGGACUUCUGGAAAUGAUGGUUGGCGCUGCCGUUGGCGCCUUGAACUCAAAUUCGCGCUCAGUUAGCUGCGCGUCCUUAAAGUCAAACAGCGGCCACCUGGAACCAUCUGCAGCCGCGGCAGGCCUCGUUUCUCUAAUCCUCAUGCCUCUUAUCGCGUGGGUGAUUGCGGUUAACGCGCUGAACGUGCACCUGUCUUCGAUCACGCAAUCAUCGUCGUUUCAAAUGCCUGCUGAGUUGGUACCGCCAGCAGUCGACAGCUGCCUCGGAUUUUUGCUUGAAUUUGCGCCUUUUUUUGGUGGUGAUGCAACUGACGCCGGCGCUUUACUCGGCGAGCUUCGUGUUGAACCACAAAUUGAGAUCUUGGCCGCAGCCUCAGCUAUCACUCCCAACUCAAUUUUUCAGGAACUCAGCAAGCACGCGGAUACUAUAAACAUCUCCAUCGGAAUUGGUGAACCGGGCCCAGUGCAAUUUGUUCCUUCGCCAUUACAGGAGCAGGAUUCUCCGGCCUGUUACUUGCGAGAAAAGUCCUCUCUGAUGGUCACUAAUGCCUGCUACUCGAGCGGGGUUCGAAUCAUAGACGACGUCAACUUUCACCGAAUCAAGUUUGGUGCGCUGGUGCUUGGGAUACGCACCCACAAGCGUAUACUCGCUACCCAAGUAUCAUUGUUUGGCAUAAACCGACGACUCGGAGCACUUCGCCAUCUGCAGUUUGCCGAUGAACAUCGCUUUCAAGGCACCUGUUGUUACGGGGUGGAAAAUGAGAUCACACAUGUCGAACUCAGUUUUGCCAAUGUGUUGAUUGUUGGUGCAGGUGCAUUCGCGGCCGAAAAUGUGCGCACUGCGUUUGAACGUGGCGCCAGCCGUGUGGCAGUUUUUUCUCAUGCAAAAGCAGGGUCGCAGCACAUUUUUGCUGCAUGGAAUUCUGCUUUUGAACACUGUUGUGUUACCAAGCCAGAGUGCUGGUUGGAAGGGCGGAUGUCGCCACACGGACACACCGUCUCGGUAUCAGACAUAUGGCUUGUGGCUCACUACUACGGCCUUCUUUCCACGACGCUCGGUGAAGUCCAGCAAAUAGGUGGGGAAGCAAUUUCUUGUGAUAUGGUCGUCAAAUGUACAGGGUAUUGGAAAAAUGAAAGGGCCGAGGCAAUUCUAGACAAUGCCGGCGGAUUCCAAAGCCCAAGCGGGUCGAGCUACUUGGAAGCGGCAGCGCUCAACAUACUCAUGCUGAUGAAGUUUUUCGAAAGCCGAGAUUGUCUUGACUCCGAAGGGAUGGCAGUGGACGUCAUAGAUUUUCCAGCAUCCGCAGCAUUUCAAGAGCAAGCUCAUUUUAUGACCAAAAACGCUGCGUAUGCGGCUGCCGCCUAUUAG